AUGUUUAAGAAAUUUGAUGAAAAAGAAAAUGUGUCCAACUGCAUCCAGUUGAAAACCUCAGUUAUUAUGGGUAUUACAAACCAAUCGAUAGAACAAUUUCCAGGUAGUGAACCAUGGCUUAAUCAAAUCAUGCCUAAGAAAGAUACUGUCAAAAUAGUCCAAUGCCAUAAACAUACAGAAAUCCUUACAGUAAAUGGAGAAUUACUAUUUUUUAGGCAAAGAGAGGGGACUUUUUAUCCAACCCUAAAGUUACUACUUCACAAAUAUCCUUUUAUCCUGCCACAACAGCAGGUUGAUAAAGAAGCCAUCAAAUUUGUACUCAGUGCAGUAAAUAUCGUGUGUCCAGGCUUAAGUGGUCCUGGAGCUAAACUUUACCCUGCUGCAAUAGAUCCCAUUGUUGCAAUUAUGGCAGAAGGAAAACAGCAUGCUCUGUGUGUUGGAGUCAUGAAGAUGACUACAGAAGAUAUUGAGAAAGUCAACAAAGGAAUUGGCAUUGAAAAUAUCCAUUGUUUAAACGAUGGCUGUGGCAUAUGA